UCUAAGCCAAGAUGGCAGCCUCAAUCAGGAAGGGGAGAAAAUAAGCCAAAAGAAAAAUAUAUAUGAAAAUCCCUGGUCCGGGCAGAAAAGAACAAGAUUCUCACGGAAAAAUUCUGCUGAAGGUUACCGGGACACCGAAAAAAAGUCUUAUCUUCCCGCAGGGAUGGCUGGCGUGAGAGGCCUCUAGGAGCGCUGUUGGACAGUGCAGGUCAGCCGCCAUGCUGUGUGUGCCCGGCGCCUGAUGCCCAUCCUCUCUGUGUCUCCUGUCAUGGACGGGGAGAACUACCGGCCCGAGGGACUGCCACUGGACAGCGCCCCCUACAGGCUGCCCGCCUCACCGCUUCUGCACACUGCAAUGGAGAGUCAGACGUUUCCCUGUAACUCCUGGGGCCUCCCACAGCAGCCUGCCUAUAACUUGCACUAUUCUAUGCAAUCCACAAACCAGCAGUACCACUCGAACGGCAUGUCGGACCCACCCUCGGACACCUACAGCGCCUUCGUCAAUGACCUGAGCGACCUGUCCAGCUUCAGCUUCCCCCGGAACGGAGACUUCCCUCAGGACUUUGGCAUCGAUGAUCUCUCCAACACCUCGUUCUUCUCCUCCCCGCCUGACUCCCUGUCCGAGUACGCCGACGCCUCGGGAUUCCUUAACUCCGACAGCCUGUCCCACGUGCCCACGCUAUGGGACGUCAACACCCCCACACAGAGCCGGCACGAGCAGAAUUCCAGCAGGUUUCAGCCCUCCUCCAUCAUCAGCGUCCCCUCUGUGGGAGGAUACCAGCUGACCUCGCUCCAGCCCCAGCCGCCCCCCGAGGAAGAGGAGGAUGCAGACGAGGAAGAGACGGAGGAGCUAGGCCACGCCGACACAUACGCCGAGUACAAGCCGUCCAAAUCCACCAUAGGAAUCGCUCACCCGGAUAUCGUCGUGGAGACCAACACCCUUUCCAGCGUGCCCCCGCCCGACAUCACCUACACCCUCUCCAUCCCGGAAACAGCCAUCAGCGGCGGCCUGCUCUCUGCUCUGCAGCUGGAGGCCAUUAUCUACGCCUGCCAGCAACACGAGGUCAUCCUGAAGAACGGCCAGAGGGCGGGCUUCCUCAUCGGGGACGGGGCGGGGGUGGGCAAGGGCCGCACGGUGGCUGGGGUCAUCCUGGAGAACUACUUAAAGGGAAGGAAGAAGGCACUGUGGUUCAGCGUUUCCAAUGAUCUGAAGUACGACGCAGAGAGAGAUCUCAAAGACAUUGAGACGCCCAAUAUCCCUGUACAUGCCUUAAACAAGAUAAAGUAUGGUGACACAGCUACCUCGGAAGGAGUUCUGUUCGCGACCUACUCGGCGCUGAUCGGGGAGAGCCAGGCGGGCGGGCAGCACCGCACCAGGCUGAAGCAGAUCCUGGACUGGUGUGAGCCCAACUUCGAUGGAGUCAUUGUGUUCGACGAAUGCCACAAAGCCAAAAACGCCACUUCCACCAAGAUGGGCAAGGCUGUCUUGGACCUGCAGAACAAGCUCCCCCUGGCCAGGGUGGUGUACGCAAGUGCCACAGGUGCCUCUGAGCCAAAGAACAUGAUCUACAUGAGCCGACUGGGAAUCUGGGGAGAUGGCACCCCCUUCAGGACAUUUGAUGAAUUCCUGCACGCCAUCGAAAAGAGGGGUGUGGGUGCCAUGGAGAUUGUCGCCAUGGACAUGAAGGUCAGCGGCAUGUACAUUGCCCGGCAGCUGAGCUUCUCGGGGGUGUCCUUCCGCAUCGAGGAGAUCGGCCUGGACGACGACUUCAAGGUCGUCUACAACAAAGCUGCCAACCUGUGGGCGGAGGCGCUGGUGGCGUUCUCGCGGGCGGCGGACGAGCUGGGGCUGGUUUCGAGGAAGGCCCUCUGGGGCCAGUUCUGGUCGUCCCACCAGCGGUUCUUCAAGUACCUCUGCAUCGCGGCCAAAGUGCGCCGCCUGGUGGAGCUGGCCCAGAAGGAGCUGCAGGAGGGCAAGUGUAUCGUGAUUGGCCUGCAGUCCACAGGAGAGGCACGUACCAGAGAGGUCCUGGACGAGAACGAUGGACACCUGAACAAAUUCGUCUCUGCCGCAGAGGGGGUCUUCCAGUCUCUGGUACAGAAGCACUUCCCUUCAGAGAAACAGAAGAGAGAGAAGCCCGCUCGGAGCAAGAGAAAACGUAAGCCCAAAGGCAGGCCGCCGAAGUACCCGAAGCCGUGCCAGGAGGUGGAGGGAGUGAUCAACAUCAGCGACGACAGCAGCUCCCACUCCGACAUGGACAGCGACUCCAACUCCUCCCCCGAAUCCGUCCUGGACAACGAUGACGUCAUCUUCGUCAACCACACUAACCCUCACACUGCAAAACUAGAAGAAAUGAAGCAAGGACUCUUGAACAAGAUAGCGGAGCUGGGAAAGGAACUACCUCUAAACACUCUGGACGAGCUGAUUGACAGGUUCGGAGGGCCGGAGAAAGUGUCGGAGAUGACGGGGCGGAAGGGGCGCGUGGUGCGGCGGGACGGGGUCGUGCGGUACGAGUCCCGCGCCGAGCAGGGCUCCAUCGACCACGUCAACGUCCAGGAGAAGACCCGCUUCAUGAGCGGAGAGAAGCUGGUGGCCAUCAUUUCAGAGGCAGCCAGCUCAGGCAUCUCUCUGCAGGCGGACAAGCGGGUUAAGAACCAGCGGCGGAGGGUCCACAUGACCCUGGAGCUGCCCUGGAGUGCUGACCGCGCCAUCCAGCAGUUUGGCCGGACUCACCGCUCGAACCAGGUGACGGCUCCAGAGUACAUCUUCCUGAUCUCAGAGCUGGCAGGAGAGAGACGCUUCGCCUCCAUCGUGGCCAAGAGGCUGGAGAGCCUGGGGGCGCUGACGCAUGGUGACCGACGGGCCACUGAGUCCAGAGACUUGAGCAAGUACAACUUUGAAAACAAGUAUGGCACCAAGGCUCUGGAUAAGAUCACCAAAGCCAUCCUGGGCUUCAUCGAGAACAAGGUGCCCCCUCCUAAAGGCUACCCUGGGGGUGAUGCCAGCUUCUUUGCAGACAUGAAGCGAGGCCUGAUGGACGUGGGCAUUUUCUGCAGAGACCAUCGCUUGGGGAUCAACACUGAGAAAGACUGCAGCAUCACUAAGUUCCUGAACCGCAUCCUGGGCCUGGAGGUGCACAAGCAGAACUCGCUCUUCCAGUACUUCACCGACAACUUCGACUACCUGAUCGAGAAGGACAAGAAGGAGGGCAAAUACGACAUGGGCAUCCUAGACCUGGCCCCGGGCAACGACGAGAUCUACGAGGAGACCCAAGAGAAGUUCCUGACCAAUGGGAAUCCUCAGGAGGGUCAGGUGACCCUGUACAAGAUCAGUGUGGACCGGGGGAUGCCGUGGGAAGAGGCCUAUAGCAAGUCCCACACCCUCACAGGCCCUGAUGACGGCUUCUAUCUCUCCCACAAGUUGCGGGGGAACAAGCCCUGUGUGCUCCUGGCAGAGCAAGGCCGCGGGCACAACUUCAUCCUGUACAAGCCCAACAUUGGCAAGCAGGCCCAGCCGGAGAACCAGGACAACCUGCUGCGUCGCUACCGCAAGGUGGCACCAGAAGAAGCCAAGGAAUUCUGGGAAUAUCAGUUCAACUUUUCCCUGAGGAAUUGUAGCCAUGCAAACUGGAACGGGAAGUGUAAGCAGCUGGAGCAGGGUCACGAGUGCUGGCUGGGCAUGCGUCUGCGGCAGUACCACAUGCUGUGCGGGGCCCUGCUCAGGGUGUGGAAGCGCGUGGCCGACGUGGUCUCUGACAUCACCAACUCCAGCAUCCUGCAGAUUGUGCGCCUCAAGACCAAACAGCACAAGAAGCAAGUCGGCAUAAAGAUCCCGGAGAACUGUGUGGCGCGGGUGCGGGCGGAGCUGCUGCAGAUGGAUGAGGACGUGAAGCGGGGGCGGCAGGAGCGGGAGGAGAAGCUGGCGCAGGAGCGGCGGGCGGCCGAGGAGCUGGCCCGGGAGCUGGAGCUGCAGCAGCAGCAGCAGCGGCAGCAGCAGGAGCUGUUCACCCACUUCUGCUCCAGCCAGCCGCUGGACCUCAGCAGCCUGUCCGGCCUGCGAGGCCCUUACCCCGGCCCAGCCAUCCUCCCCGCCUACCUCUCCGCCCCGCGCCUCCCAAGGAACCCUGCUGCCGACGCCGUCCUGGACCUGACCACCAGCAGCCCCUCGCUCUCCCCCGACAGCACCGCGGGCGCCGGCCUGGGCCUGGAGCGCCUCGCCAAGCCAGCAGGGGGCGCCCAGGAGCCGGAGCCGUUCGACCUGGAGUCUCUGAUCUUGCAGUCGCAGCUCAGUUACCAGCUCCCGGGGCACGCACAGCAGCAGGAGAGUCACUCGCUGCCCACCAUCUCCGGCCACGACCCCAUCCUGGACUUCCUGGACAGCCCAUCGCCCGGCCUGCCUUCGUCCUACCAGCUCUCCACGCAGGCGGCAUCCUCAUCCUCAUCAUCCUCCUCCUCCUCCAUGAUGGUCCCGUUGUCCAACGGCGUCUCCUCUACCCCUGCAACCAACUCCUCCCCCUCCUUCUUUCCCUCCACCCCGGCCCCCUCGGAACAGCAACCCCACCCCCUACCCAACGGGCACUGCGGCUCGGACCUCCUCAACGCGCGGGAGAUUCUGGACAGCAUGUUUCGGAACCCAGAGCGCCAGUCUGUCAUCCGGUACCGCUUCCCCGACUAUGACGCAGCCUAACAUCCAAAAUAUCUCCGGUUAAGAACGAAAAGCACCUGGAACAUUCACUGUUAUCUGGGAGGGUAAGGUAGCAGUAAGAAGUGGCAGGGUCAGGCAUCUAUGGGUUCUUAUGCAUGACAGGCCUAGACUUAUUCCUGAAGGCUCUUUUGGCUGUAUGCUUGUGUGUGUGUGUGUGUGUGUGUGUGUGUGUAUUGCUUGUGCUGAGUUUUUAUGCUCACGGCAUCCAUCUUGGAGGUUAUUCCAGCAACUGAUUAAAAACCCCAAGCUGAACAGACUCACCAGUAGCAGUAAUGAAACAGGCGGUCUGUGGGAGGAGACGGGGAGGUGUGAGAUGUACAGAAAUCAAUGCGCACAUUCAGUAUCUCCGCCAGAUGCCCUGCAGAGACAGUGAGUGUCUGUCCUCUGUGGAUGUGCUCCCAUGAGCGUGUGCUCAUGCAGAGCGAAGGACAAUGUUUCAUAUCCAAAACUGAAAUGCUCUACGGAGAGCGUUGCCUUGCACAGUCAAUAACGUUGAUCCUCGGAAUACAUAGUACACGCAGCGGUAGGGUGAUUAAUUCAUAAAAAGGCACGAAAAGUCUAGCCUGUCCUAAUUGUUACUAUUAUACGGUAAUAAAAUUUUAAACGGUCUGUUAAUGUUUUAGCGCAGCUAAAGAUGAGAUCUGUCGGUUUUGUAAUUGUUGGCCUGUCGCCUGAAGACUACAACACCCCCUGUCACCCAAAGAGAGCAUUAGCAGGAUGUCUUUUUUUAAUUUUUUUUUUAACAAGGAUCAAUAGCCAUACAAGAUGUCUCGGUCACCCAAUUCCUUUCGUGUGAAAUCUCCACACAGCUGUCCCUCUGUACCACCAGCACCUCGCCCCUCUCCGUUGUCCCUGUCUUGCAUUGACGAAUUGGUUCUGUGUACCGUGAUCAAAAACACCCUGUCAGGGCGGGGGCGAAGGCGCGAGGUGGUCCACAUAAACAAUCAACAGGGUGGAACGAGGUAGAAUUUGAAGCCUUUUUGCAUUUUGGAAGGGCUUCCUUUGACGCAGGUCGCAAUCUAGUCCCAGGCGUUUCCUAUUGGCUUAAUCCCUUCUUUGUGUAGAAAUCCUUACAGGGCCUCUCCACUUCUGGUUAAGCGUACAAGAAAAGAAAAAACCUGCCGUUAACUGUGCCUUCAGAACAUGCUAAGAAAAUGCAGUCUUUUAAAUACAUAUGUAUAUAUUUGUAUUGAGUGCAGUGGUGUGUUAUUUAUUAUAGUUGGUAUUUAAUGACUCCCCCUCCCCUCCCCUCGGGUCCCAGAGUGCUGGGCCACCAGGAGCUGGGAACAACUCCCAGGUCACAUGACUGUAUGGACCUUCUGCAAGUCCCUCAAAGCAGUAUCGUAAACAGGUCUUUCUCCCAACUGGCCAUUCCAGAUUUCAAUGCAGAAAAUUUGAUGGAACUUAGCCAUAGAAAAAUGGGACAGUUUUGUUUCAUUUUUCCACAAAAAUUUCAGUCAUUUACCCCUUUUUGAUAUAUUUAGUGGGAGCUCCUGGAUUCACACCUUCAUCUGAAAUACUCAGGAAAGUAGACAGUGCAUUUUUUAAAUCCCUGGUGAGUUUGCUUUUUAAAGUGGAAUGGAUUUAUACAUUCUAACUGCUCUUCUGAAUUUCACAUACCAGAAGCAUGAGUUAGUGUUUGGGAUCGUAAGCUGUCUCUACAUGUAGCUGGUUAUCUGAAGCCCCUAAAAAAAGGAUAAAUUAUGCCCAUGUCCUGUUUCACCAUGUCUCCCACAGAAUAGAAUACCAACCUGCAUAGCAAUAAUAACUGUGUGAUUGUAGACAGUCUAAAAGUCAAAGUACUGUUGAUGCUGAAGAGCCCAAAUCUCUGAGCAAAACUAAAGUCCUCUGAUGAUUAGUUUGUCUUGUGUGAACUGGACUCACAUGAUGCAAAUAUACAAUAAAUAUGUAAAAGAAAUUAUUUAUAAAC